AUGCUAAUGCCACCAUCGACUUUUGCAACUCACAAUGGGCGAAAUGACAGGGUCCAAGUUCGAUACUAUCUUCCCACACCUUCGAACUUCAGGAACCGUUACCUGUCGACAGGAGGUGGAGGUUACGCCAUCAACAGCGGCAGCAGGUUGCUACCCAGCGGAGUCAUCAACGGAGCUGUAGCUGGCGCCACCGAUGGCGGAUUCGGAAGCUUCAGCACGAACAGCGAUCAGGUAUUCCUCAUUGCAAACGGAACAAUCAAUUACCAGUCUCUAUACAUGUUCGGCUACCAAGGCAUACAAGAACUCACCGUCAUCGGCAAGCAGUUUACAAAGAACUUCUUCAACACUUCCAAUACCAACAGGAAGCUGUAUGCCUACUACCAGGGCUGUUCCGAAGGUGGUCGUGAAGGUUGGAGUCAAGUUCAGCGUUUUGGCGAUGAGCUAGAUGGUGUAAUCACUGGUGCUCCAGCCUUUCGCUUCGCGCACCAGCAGGUUCAGCAUCUGUGGUCAAACGUGGUUGAGCAAACUCGUGGCUAUUUCCCUCCUCAGUGCGAGCUUGACAAGAUCCUUAAUGAGACACUUCGGGCUUGCGACCCACUGGAUGGAAAGACUGAUGGUGUUGUGGCCCGCAGCGACUUGUGCAAGUUGCAGUUCAACCUCAGCAGUAUCGUCGGUAUGCCUUAUUCCUGUCCUGCUUCGCAAGGAAGCCAGAUGGUCUUCCCACCAACGAAUCCAUAUCCUGCUCAGAACAGCACUGUCACAGCUCAAGGUGUUGCGGUUGCUCAAGAGAUCAUCGAUGGCAUGCGUGACCUUCAAGGACGUCAAGUCUACUUCUCCUACCAGCUAGCAGCAUCUUUUGCAGACGCACAGACAGCGUACGACUUUAACGCCAACAAGUGGACGGUGUCCAUCUCAGGUCUCGGAGGAGAGUUUGUGGAACGCUACCUCUACCUAUUGAACGCAUCUAACCUACCAGAUCUGAACAACGUCACAUACGACACACUUAAGGGGUGGAUCACAGAAGGCUGGCAGAAGUACGAAGACACCUUGCAGACAACCUGGCCAGACUUGACGCCAUUCAAUGUCGCUGGUGGCAAAGUGCUACAUUACCACGGCGAAGCUGACAACAGUAUCCCUACAGCAUCGUCAGUGCGCUAUUGGGAAUCAGUGCGACAGAUCAUGUACCCGAAUAUGACCUACAACGACAGUGCUAGCGCAUUGAGCGAUUGGUAUCGGCUUUUCCUUGUGCCUGGCAUGGCGCACUGCUCACCUAAUCCGUUGCAGCCAAACGCACCAUAUCCGCAAUCUAACUUGCCGGUGCUGAUUGAUUGGGUGGAGAACGGCAUUGAACCUGUCACGCUCAAUGCAACACAUCUCGCAGGGCCGAAUGUAGGUCAAGGAGAUCAGGUUUGUGGUUGGCCUUUGCGGCCGCUAUACAGUCCAGACGGUACGAUGGAAUGCGUGUACGACCAGAAGAGUAUCGAUACCUGGCACUAUGAUCUUAAUGCCUUCAAAGUUCCUGUCUAUUGA